AAAAAAUGUGACAACAAUGUUAGUAUUAUUUACAAUUUUCUUUUAUGAUGUGAAAAUAGUCAUUUAAACAGGGAAAAUCUCUAUUCAGGGUUUCUAAUAGUGCAAGAAUGUAAUAGUACAACUAAGAGAUUAUAUUACAACAUAUAAAUUAGAUUAAAAUGAAUGCAUAGAAAUAAAAACAAAACAUAUGUUAAUUAAUUACUAUCAGCUAUUUACAGCAAUAAAAACAAAAUGGAACAAAAAGGAAUAAGAACUAUGGGUGAUGGUAUGGACAAUGCUUUAUUGUCAUUUCCUGAAACCCUCAAUAAUGCUAUAACUUUUAAUGCAAAUUUAAAAUCAUCAAAACAAAUACUUAAAUCUCUACAACCUGUAAUACCUACCUCUAAUAUUGUACAGCUAGUUCCAAAAUAUUUCCCAAAGGAGCAAAAAGCACCAAAGGACUUGUUUAAAAAGGGCAGAGAGCCCAAAUUUGUACCAUACGAGCCCUAUAAGGCUGCUGUAGAGCCCAUGGUUGCCCCCAUAAGCAAUAAAGUUGUUUUCGAGAGCAAACCCACAAAGAACAAUGUUGAAAUUCAUCAAUUGGUGAAUCAAAUGGCUGAUAUACGGCAAGAGGAAAUGGAUAAAAUGAAAAUGACAGCUUUAGAAAAAGGUGACAAUUUUAUAGCAAGGGAUUUGUGGGAAAAAGAGAAGGAGUGCUACAAUAAUGAUAUUAAAAAUCUCAGGGAGACUAAUUCACAUCUGGAAAAUCAGCUAAAAUUCCAAGCUCAAGUAAACAGUGAACUAAAAACACUUUUGGUGGCCGCUGUAGGCGAAGAUUUGGAAAGUCGCGUUCAACAUUUGACAGAAGAUAAACUUCAAUUAGCAAGGGCACUGUUAAAUUCGGCAAAUCAUUUGACGUCGCACCAGGAACAAACUGAGUGGCUUUCAGGACAAUGCGAAGUAUGGAGGAGCAAAUUUUUGGCUUCAAGUUUAAUGGUUGAAGAAUUAGCUCAUUGGAAAUCAGCCCUCACUAGCAGAAUAAACGAAUUACAAAACACUAUAAAAGCCCUCAUGGAGGAGAAUUCUUACACAAAAAAGCAUUCCCUACAAACCUAUUGCAACUUAAAGAUGCUCAUAGACAAUGUUAGUGAUAAUAACGAUACCAUGCAAUUAAAAUCUGCCACUUGCGUCGAAUUGGCUCAUACGAAUUUAAUUUUGGCGGACAAAUUGGAAAAACAUUUUAAGGUGCCUAACAAGAAUGCCAAAUUGUCUGAGUUGUAUAAUGGUUGUGGUAAGAUUGAAAACAGUACUUUUACUGAGAAAAAUGCUCAAAAGCUUCUUCAAAAUCCGGUUAAAAUAACAAACAAAGAUGCGAUAUGUAAUGCGUUAGUAGGGGCAGCUUAUGGUGAGCAUAAUAUGCAUUCCCAAAACCACCAAUUUCAUACAGUUUGCUGUGGACACUGCAAAGGGGAAAUACAAAAUAUUUGACGAUAGUGAUAAUUUUAGAUAGGUAAUAAAAAUUAUAUAUUUUAUAUAGUAUUUUUUAAAGACAAUAAUUCAUUAAUGUAUUUACAUACUUGCAAG